UUUAAAAUGAAUAAUACAAAUAUAUUUACUAUACAAUUGCACGAUUCUCAAGAAGACAAGAAGACAUGUGCUGUGUCUUCAGCUGAGUGGCAAAAUAUCAGAGAAAAUUCUUAUAGUACAUUGACUGAGUUGAAGAAAGUCAAACUAUCUGUAUUCAAGGAAAAACUCAAUUUAUAUCACGAGAAAUGUAGGAUUAAAGAUGACGUAAUCUUGGCUCUAAAAACAUGUUUAGAAACUUAUAAAAACACCAAUGUGAAUAACAACGACAUGAUAGCGUUUCUAAAAUCUAAAUUGUGCGAAAGAAAAGAAAAUUGUAUCGCAAUAAAAAAGUCUUUUGAGCAUCAGUUAACUGAACAUAAAAAUUGCAUUAACGAUAAAGAUGAUCAAAUUGUCAAACAACAUGAAAUUAUUAAAGAAAAAGAUAACAAUAUAAAUGAGUUAAAGGAAGAAUUGAAAAAAAGUGCAGAAAAACUUAAGGAGACAACCGAUCUUUCGGUAAACUAUGAGAAACAGAUAAUCGCACUUCAAGCCAUUAUUGAAGAACGGGAUCUCAAAAUUUCAGAUUACAAAGCAUGUAUUAAAGAGAACGAGAAUCAGAUCGCCACAUUAAGAGAUGAAGUCGCAACGAAUGUGGAAAAGGUGAAGUCAAGUCAAGAGCUGGUUAGAAAUUGGAAAACUCACAUUCUCACUCAGACCUUUAACUGCAAGGCCAAAUUAGAAGCUGAUCUGCGGAACAGUGCUGAAAGGAUUAAGAAGCAGAAUGAUCGCUUACUACAAUACUCGAUCAAGGAACUUCAAGAGAGCCUCAGUGAAGAUGAUUCCAAUGAGAUCAAAGAGUUAACUCUACCUCGGAUUGGUUCACUAAAGGUGCUAGCCCAGAAUUGCCACUCUGGGCCAGGUUGGAUAGUUAUUCAGCGGCGUACCGAUAAUACUGUGGACUUCAAUCAGGGAUGGUUCUCCUAUGUUGAUGGGUUUGGUGAUAUGGAUGGUGAUUUCUGGUUUGGACUAGACAAUAUACACGCUAUAACAAAGAGGCAACAACAUGAACUAUACGUUCAUCUCGUUUUUCCCAAUAACGAAACACGCUAUGCCCAUUAUGACAACUUUUCCAUUAGUGGAAAGAACGACGACUACAAACUAAAGUCCCUGGGAAAUUAUUUCGGAAAUGCCGGCGAUGGAUUACGUACUCAUGAGCAUAAUAUAUUCAAGACCAUUCGAUACGAUGCGAAAAAUGUUACGGAAUAUAAUCGCUGGUGGCAUCAUGAGUAUCCAACUUGCAAUCUAAAUGGAGUUUUUGAUCAUAAAUCCGAGUUCGGCGUUUGGUGGUGUCGUCGAAAAGGCCAAUAUAUUUUUGUAGAAUCCGUUCAAAUGUUAAUACGCCCAAAACCAACAUAAAUUGCUUAAUAAAAGUAUUACAUUAAUUCAAAAUC